AUGUCUCUUCUUGUUUCCUCCUUUCCACCUUUUAUUUGCCUUGGGCCGGGGAGGGAGGAACUGCCACAAGGGAACACCGUUCCUAAAUGUUCCGAGGAGCGUCCCCGAAUGUUGGAUGUGCCCUUCAGCGGAUGGCGUAUUGAUCGCGUUGCUGAAGGAGCAGAGGCCGUCAGCGGAACGAAUGGCUUGCUUCUCGGACGCACGGACAUUCUGGCUGAAACUAUCAUUGCUCUACCAGCCAGAAGCGUGGAACAUCAUGCUUCACUUUCAUCCAAUUUGGUUCUGAGUGCAGAGGAGGCAGUAUCACUAUAUUGGUGGUGCCUUGCAUUUGAGUCAACCAGACGCCGGUUCCGCCCAAACGCAGGAUUCCCCGCCUGGGAUGUUUCGAGGCGCGAAAGUUUAGCCCCGAGAUUACCCGACGAUACGGAGCGGCGAGCGACGGCGAGCGAACAAGAACGAAAGGCGGACGGGCACGACGUGAAGGUCAGACUCAUCUCGACGGCCAACACCACGCCCCAGUCCAACCCGCCAGUUUCUCGCUGCUCAGUUAUUAUUGCCAGCGGUUUUGGCCUGUCGUCGAUCUGCUUUUUCGUCAUCCAAGAGCCGAAUCCUGUCUUCCCAGCUUCUCCGCCGGAAAAGGCACUCCAGCCAGACAUCCCGUCGCCUCAGCACGAAGGGAAAAUUCUCUUCGCAUCCUUGUCCUCCACUCAACUCAAGGCACCAGACAGAACCGACCCUCUGAUUUGCCAUCCUCCACCACCAAUCCAUCUCUGUGGGGGAAGUUCAUCGCAUCCAGCUUGCCUCGCAUCCGUUGGUCCCGGGCCUGACACACCACCCAACUUCGACGGCAAGCUGGAGUCGUCUUUUCACGAGAACGUCGUCCGCGGGGGGGUGUUGCGGGAGUCCGUUUUUCCGCACUGGGAUAAUGGCGCGUCUCAAGGAGGACUCGACAACACUGAGGAAAUGCAGAAGCAGGAUCCGUUGGCCACGCAGAUAUGGAAACUGUACAGUCGAACAAAAUCUCAACUACCGAACCAACAGCGGAUGGAGAACCUGACUUGGCGUAUGAUGGCCAUGAGCUUACGCCGCGAACGGGAGCAAGUGCAGAGUCGUGUUGACCGCACCCCCAGACGUGAAAUUGAAACAGGCUUCUCAUCACCAAACCAAAUUUCGUCUCAGGCCCAGAACACGGGCCACUCGGACCUGAUGAACAUUGAUGACUUCGUCGUCUCUUCAGUUGGCUCACCUGCAGCGCUGUCUCCUUCCCCGCCCGUCGGACAACUAACUCAUGAUCAUGCGAUUGCUUCCGCUAUUCCCAUCAAAACGAAAGAGCAAGACGGGUCGCCCGCUGGCAUCAUCAUGCCGGCCUCCUUCCCGCAUGCACCGCGGGAUGAGCGACGGAAUGCCGAAUUUGGCUACGUCCCUCGACGGGUUCGGAAAACCAGUGUGGAUGAACGAAUGACCCGAAAACGACCAGCGGAGGCAUCUCCACUAGUACCGCCUGUGAAUAGCCUAAUCAUGCCCAACGAUCCUGAUUUCGAUGCAACCAUGGAGGACUAUUCCCUGGACCAAUGCCAGGCCUCUUUGGCAAUUAACAAUCAGAUGUCUCCGGCCUUGAAUUUGGACACGUUCCCUGUCGCUGACGACCAGAUCAUUACAUCCGCAGGCCCAUACAACCAGUCGUUUACAUUCUCUCCCGCAGAGUCUCCACUCUUAGCUCACACAGCCUUCCAGAACAUGUAUAACCACGCUUCAAUUGGAUCCUCGCUCAACUCAGCGGAUGUUUUUUCGCCUACGCAUUCGGGAUAUCAAUCCACCGUCUCAACACCCCACUUUACCUUUGAUACUGAGCGUUCGAUGUAUUUCGACCACGCAUCCAUUGACGCGAGGAACCAGCGUCAAAUGGGGGGCUUCCAAUCGACCCGACCAUCCAACCUUUCGGCUCCCGGGAACCCGUCUUAUCGCUAUGGACAGGGCCAACCCUACGGCACCGGAGCUAGUGUCCUUUCAAACACCAUGCACUCAGCUGGCUUAUCUAUGCGGCAAUCUAUGGAUACACAUCAAGUUCUUGCUCAACAAAACUUUUCGUCUACACAAACUCAUGGUCACGUCAAUCGUGGGAACAGAGGGCAGAUGUUUACAUUUGGAGGCGACUCGGACAACGAAGACGAAAGUGGAACUUCGUUUCUGGGAAAAUCUAUCCCAAUUCAACACGAACACCUGAUUACCGAACCUAUUAAUUCGAGCUCGACCAUUGACUGGCCUACACAGUUUAGUUCCAUGCCGAAUUUCCAUCCCCACCACCGCAAACAGGUCACUAUAGGUGGUGCGGAGUUCCAAGAUACCAGUCAGGAGUGGAAUGAAGGAGGGAGCUUGGGUCGCGGCCAUGGAUCUGCGGCAUCAGUGAGUGAAAUUCGAAAUCGUGAACGAGAUCCCCGGAGGCAAAAGAUUGCUCGAACAAUAUCCACGCCGAACACCACCCAGCUACUUCAGCAAGGGAGCAAUAAUAGUCAAUCACGCACUUCUCCAAGCUCACCUGGAGGAUCUGCUAUGAGUAGUGCGAAUCCGUCUCGCCCAGCAAGCCCUGGGCCUGCCAAAACUGCCGACCAACCAGCCGCGCCCACCACGUGUGCCAACUGCUUCACCCAGACAACCCCUCUAUGGCGACGCAACCCGGAGGGCCAGCCGCUUUGUAAUGCCUGUGGAUUAUUCCUGAAGCUCCACGGUGUCGUGCGACCGCUGUCUCUGAAGACAGAUGUGAUAAAGAAACGCAACCGUGGCGGUGGCAAUAAUACUACAAGCGCAGGAGCUACGAGAACGUCGAAGAAGAUCUCGAGAAAACAGUCGGUGCAGCAGCCUACUUCCAAUCCAGUAGGAAAGAUGAAUAUAGCCGAAUCGCCCGCCCCCAUCACCGGCGGUAUUCCAGCAAACACUGACCCGACGCAGUUAGUUGGCUCGACUAAACUAGGCGUAGUUCCCAUUGCCGCUGCUCCUCCCAAAUCAUCCAACGUUCCGUCUACCAUACCAAGCAGUGCCGCCCAGGCGCGGGCUCCUGUACAAGUUACGCCGCGACGUAUCCGACGGGUCGAGAAGCCGGCCGUGCUUCCUUUGAGCCAUUCCCGCCCAACGUUUGAGGCAGAAAUGCGAGAUGUCCGAGAAGAAAACAGUAAGACUCCCACUCUGUCACAUCGGCCAUCUAGGCUGGCACCACUAUAUUCCCGACCACCCCCGCUUGCCGCUGUGGACCCGGCUCAUCAUAGCCUUGCCGCAGGCGCAACUCCAAGCAAUAGCCAAGAAUGGGAGUGGCUUACUAUGAGUCUAUGA